AUAUGCGGGAUGCUGGGUGGAGGAGUUGUGAAAAGUUGUGCAGAUGCGCUGCUUCUCGUCACUCACGAGCAGAUCACACACGAGGAGGACUUAUUGGUGAUUUAAAUGGCGGAGGAACUGUUACCUGAAAGCGAUGCGAAAAACCAGGGGCAGCUCACAAGGUCACUGCUGGCCGUGUCUCUCCUGGCCUCGCUCGGUAGCUCCAUGCUCUACGGCUACAACUUAGCUGUGGUCAACUCUCCUGCACAGUACAUCAAAGCCUUCUACAAUGAGUCAAUUAUUGAUACCUACGACUGGAUUCCAGAUGAACAGUUCCUCACUGUCUUAUACUCCCUCACUGUGUCUGUCUUUGCUAUUGGUGGGAUGACGGGGGCCCUGCUGGUGGGCAGACUAGUCACCAAAUAUGGAAGGAAAGGGACGCUGGUGAAAUCCAGUGUGCUGGUGUUCAUAGCAGGAGCUCUGAUGGGCUUCAGCAGAUGGUGCCAGCGGCCUGCGAUGGUCAUCAUUGGACGCUUCAUCAUGGGAGUGCACUCAGGUAUCUCUCUCAGCGUGGUGCCGAUGUACCUCGGUGAGAUCGCCCCCAAGAACCUGCGAGGCUUCCUGGGCCUCGUUCCCAGCAUCCACAUCUGUCUCGGCGUCUUCAUCGCUCAGGUGCUGGGGCUCCAUGAGCUGCUGGGAAAGGAAGAGCACUGGCCUGUGCUCCUGUCCCUGGUGGUGUUUCCUACCCUAGUCCAGGUGAUGCUGUUGCCAUGGUUUCCAGAGAGUCCACGGUACCUGUUGAUAGAGAAGGGAAAUGUGCACGCCACCAUCGCAGCACUAAAGUGGUUCCGUACUAAAGGAAACAUCCAGGCAGAGGUUGAGGAGAUGCAGGAGGAGCAACGCUCUUUAUCGUCCAUCCAGACCAUCUCUGUCUGGGGUCUGCUCAGGGACCGCUGCGUCCGCUGGCAGGUCAUCACCAUUAUGGUGGUCAACGUCGGCAUGCAGCUGUCUGGCAUUGACGCGAUCUGGUUCUACACAAAUGAAAUAUUUAAGAAUGCAGGGAUCCCAGAGCCUCAUAUUCAGUACACAACAGUGGGAACUGGAGCCAUUGAGGUCAUCUCUGGGGUGCUGGGGUGUUUCACCAUCGAUCGCGUUGGCAGGAGACCUCUGAUGAUUGGCGGCUUCCUCUUCAUGGGAGUGUGCUGUGCAGGGAUCACUGUGUCUGUCCUCCUCCAGGCGCAGCUGUCCUUCAUGCGCUACAUCAGUGUGGGCUGCGUUGUUGGGAUUAUUGCAGGCUUCUGCAUAGGUCCAGCUGGCGUUCCGUUCCUGAUCACAGCAGAGCUGUUUAAGCAGUCGCACAGACCGGCUGCCUACACUGUGGCUGGUUGCCUCAACUGGUUGUCCAACUUCACCAUCGGCUUCGUCUUCCCCUUCCUAGAGAUUGCUACAGGUCCUUACUGUUACAUGAUUUUCUGCGUGAUCUGCUUGGGCGUGGCCCUCUACACCAUCUUCAUCAUUCCUGAGACCAAGAACAAAACCUUUAUGGAGAUCAGUCAGAUGUUUGCUGCAAAGAACAAGAUACAUGAAGAGGAGUUGACUUCCAACGGUCAUCUGAAAAUGGCUCUGAUGAACGGCUACGGAACCCUCAGCUACCGUGAUGAAAAAUAAGAGCCCAUAGAGAAGGAACGUAGAGGUGGACCUAUUAACGACGGUUUCUUUAAUUAGUAUGGCCGAGGUAAACGGUGGAACUGUGGACACAAGGGGAUCUGCUGCUUCACGUGAAAACAACUAUGACCAGUGUAAACAAACAGAGGCAUCAUACGCAAACACAUACAAGAUAAAAUGUGGGCUUCCACUUCGAGUCAUAAAUGUCUACAUGUACAAUAAUUUACUGUUUUUAGUCCCUGUUUUUUCAAGUAAUUAAAAAUAUUGUAAUUUUAAGUGAUAUUCCAACCAUCAGUGAUGUUGAAUUGGUGCAUCUUUUGUUGCAUGUUCACACUGUUGAGUUCCUUGACCAAAAACUUGAGCUCAUGUUUGUUUUGUCUUUCUUUUCGUCCCUCUGUGAUUUUGUCUCUUUUUUAUAUAAGAGAGCUGAAUAUUGUGGCUACUGUAGUAGUCAUCUCAUAUUUCCUGUCCAGACAUCGACCUAAUGUGCAUUAAGCUUGUUAAAGAGUUAUAAUGAAUCAAUAUAUCACAACAAGUAAGCUUUACAAGUUUGUUUGUUUUUCAAUUUUUUUUUUGUCUGUUGCAUGUUUUACAAGACCUCUUUGUAUAAAAUAUGGUGGAUUGACAAUGAGAGAUAUAAUUUUAAAUUAAGUCGA